GUCUUGAACCACUCAUGUCUCUUCGCAUACGACUCUGCGGCGAAUGACUUGACGUGCGAUUUGCCUCUCCAUCCGUCUACCGCCCCUCCGCACCCUUCCGAGAUCCUUUCACCCUCUCAACUGUCUUGAGGCAUUGGAGAGUUGCCACCGCUUCACCAACAGAUGAAUAUCUUUAGUGAGUACGCGGAGCAAACGGUGAUGGGGAAUUCAUUAGGCGCAGAGGUGGCUUGCUUGGGGGCGAUUUUCGACUGGGGGCCACAGUUGUCAAAUCCAGUACCGAACUCGACAGAAGCCAGUCUCGCUCCGUUUUCGACCAGCAGAGCAUCUGCCCCAUCGAGACAUGCCAGGAAAAUCUUUCGUUGUCACUGGAAGGGCUGUUCGUUCACUGCUAAAGACCCAGGCUUCUUUGACGAACACGUCUCGCGGCACCGGAAGUGUCCGAAGGUUGAAUGCCUGUCAUGCUUCAAGGGAGAGAAAGAGAAGCGACGACAUGUCUGGAAGACGCACAGAUUAUGGGCGCAGUUGGUGGGAUUUCCUACCAUCGGUGGGAUUUGCGACGAGUGUGGCAAGACUUUCAUUCGGGAUGAUUACGUGAUCGCCAUAAGAGAAGAAAACAUAAACAUUAAAUGAGGCAUAAGUCAAAUAUCAAUGAUGCUGCUCAUGUCUUCCUUCUAAACUCGUUCAGAGUACACACAGUGCUACCAAUCUUUUGCUAUCCGGGCAGAAUCUGAACGUAUAAGUACUGCGAUCCAUCGAAGUAUCUCGAACCGACGUUGGAG